UGAAACCCUAGAAAGUCAUUACCAUUUGCCGAGAAUCAAGAACAAGAGAGAGAGAGAGGAAGAAGAUGGCUUCAGCCUUCCGUCUAUUUCAAAGAUCAACGGUUUCCGUGGGAACAUUUCUUAGUCGUGAUCAAGGACUCCAAUCAGCUACAUCAAUUGGUUCUAGACUUUCUAAACUCCGUGGAUCUGUUCCCAACAAUCUAUCUUCUUCAAUCUCUCACACCCCAAAAAAUCGUCUAUUCUCGUCCAGGCUUCCGGUGGAACUUUGUUGUUAUGAUUCAUUGAUGCCGCUCCAUUCUGCUACUGCUUCGUCCUUGCUAAUAUCCAAGUUGUCUUCUGAGGUUGGUCAAUGGGGAUGUCUUUCUGAAGGAUUUGCCACUCCACUAUAGCAGGACCUUUAAGAAGAAGAGAAUCAGUAAUGCUGGGGAUUUUUUGUUGUCUUCAGAAUCCUUUCCCUUUGUCAGAAUAAGUUAUUUGGAUCAUAGAAAUGAAUGAGAGAUAGCAAGAUCAAACACAUAUAAUGUUUAUUUGAUUGAAAUGCUUCAGUUUAACCAUUUGCUGCAUUUUUGUAAUCCUAGUGUUUAUUUGACAGGUUUCAUUUCAUUUUGGCUAAGAACAACUUUUUGUU